AUGAUCAAGGAGUCCAACGGUGCCCUGACCCACGCUGUGGUGACACUACACGGGAAUGACAGUCAACAAACCUUCCUCUCAGCUCAUAUCGUCAUUGACGCCAACGCCAACGGCAGCAAGCAGGCAAUUACUGACACUGAGAUGGUUGACAAGCUGCGAGCCCGGCUUCCUCUCGUCAUCCUUCCUUACAUGUGCCCUGCUAUUAUCGUGCCUCUCGAUAACAUGCCACUGACCGCACAUCAGAAGGUGGACCGCCGCGCUGUCCAGGCCCUGCCCCUACCCCAGAUGGAAUCUGGGGGCGUCGACUACCAGUUACAUAACUUCACAUCCGCUGAGCGACGCCUUGCUAGCCUCUGGGCUCAAGUGCUUCCUCCCCACCCCACGCUGACCCAACGGUCGGACUUCUUCCUCGCAGGGGCUGCCAUCCGGCGGGAAUUCGGGGACGCCCCUCGUCUAAACAAACUCAUGGGCGCCCCUAGCCUCGCUAGCAUGGCCUCGCUGCUUGAGGGUCUGGAGGCAGUGGACUGGGACAAAGAGAUGGCUCUUGACCUCGAUGGUCCUGCGGCGCCGCGUCGUAUCCCUGGCAGCCAGGGCCGAAGUGUCCUAGUUACAGGUGCCACUGGUCACCUUGGUCAGCGCAUUGUCACGCAGCUCGCAGAGGACAAAUCUGUCAGUCGCAUCAUCGCAUUGGUGCGACCUGCUGAUGGACGUGUCUUGGCCAACCUGUUUACCGGCCUAGAUAAAGUGUCUACCGUCUCGGCCGACUUGUCUUCUAUUACCAACUACUCCUCAGAGAUGUUUGAUGUAGACACGGUUCCACACUGCGCGUCCAAUCGAACAUUCUGGGAUAGUUACACGGCCGCUAAGCCUGUGAAUGUCGACACUGUGAAAGCUCUCGCGCAUUUCUGCCACCGGACCGGGGCGGCACUGCACAUUCUCAGCUCUGGUGCUAUGGCCGAGCGCUACCUCGCAAGCGCCGCCCGUAUUACCGGCCUUCAUGUCACGGUCCACCGUCCAACGCAGGUCGUUGCCGAUGGUGGUGUCGCAGUCGGGGAUGAGGUGACUGAAACGGAGGCCACCAUGGGGCGGGCCCUGCUUCUCGGCUCCCCUCUCCUAGGCAUACAACCUGAUUUUACUCACAUCGAUGGAUGGAUGGAUGUGGCUCUUCUGACCGAGACUGCAACUGCUGUUGUCGCUGUUCUCAUUGCAGAGGGGGAAGCGGAGGUACCACGGGCGGUUCGCAUCGUCAACCAUCCUGGUAUUGCGCGUGUGAGAACAGCUGCGCUGGCCAAGUAUACAGAAGACUCCCUUGAAGAGGCUGGCGAGACGCGCAAGCUGCCUGUCGCCUCAGGAUUACAUUUUGUCGGUGUCGCAAAGGGCGCCGGCCUAUUUGGCUGGGUCAUUACGGCGCAGGAAAUUACUAUCAUGACUGAUAACGGUCAGAAGAUUGUGUCCAAGCGGUAA